GCGGGUCUUGACGAUGAUGUCUCUGGCUGAAGGGUUCGAGGCAGCUUUUGCCGCUGUUUCCGCUGUCUCUGCCGAGGCCUCCGUCCGCUCCUGGUCAUGAGAGGAGACAGAGCCCUAAGGCAAAGAAAUCUGGAUCAGAGAAAAAGUAUUCAAGGGCCAUGCAAGCCAACUGUAGCCAACUGCGCAGUCCUCCAGGAACUACAGGCAGUGAUGAUGCCUCAACCUCCCAGUGUGUUCAUUCAAGAUUGAUAGAAGGUUCUUGUCUUCAUUCUGGAGAUGUUCAUAUCCAGAUAAACAACAUACCUAAAGAGUGUGCUGAAAAUCCAAGCUCCAGAAAUAUACGGUCAGGUGUCCACAGCUGUACCCAUGGAUGCAUACACAGUCGCUUACGGAGUGACUCUCACAGUGAAGCAAGGCAGCCUGAUGAUACUGCCACGGAGUCUGGAGAACAUGGUGGUAGCUCCUUCUCAGAAUUCCGCUAUCUCUUCAAGUGGUUGCAAAAAAGUCUUCCAUAUAUUUUGAUUCUGGGUGUCAAACUUGUUAUGCAGCAUAUAACAGGAAUUUCUCUUGGAAUUGGGCUGCUAACAACUUUUAUGUAUGCAAACAAAAGCAUUGUAAAUCAGGUUUUUCUAAGAGAAAGGUCCUCAAAGAUUCAGUGUGCGUGGUUACUGGUAUUCUUAACAGGAUCUUCUGUUCUUUUAUAUUACACCUUUCAUUCUCAGUCACUUUAUUACAGCUUGGUUUUUUUAAACCCUACAUUGGACCAUUUGAGCUUCUGGGAAGUACUUUGGAUUGUUGGAAUUACAGAUUUCAUUCUGAAAUUCCUCUUCAUGGGCUUAAAAUGCCUUAUUCUAUUGGUGCCUUCUUUCAUCAUGCCUUUUAAAUCCAAGGGUUACUGGUACAUGCUUUUAGAAGAAUUGUGUCAGUAUUACCGAACUUUUGUUCCCAUACCGGUUUGGUUUCGUUAUCUUAUAAGCUAUGGAGAAUUUGGUAAUGUAAUUAGAUGGAGUCUUGGGAUAUUGCUGGCUUUACUCUACCUCAUACUAAAACUUUUGGACUUUUUUGGACAUCUGAGAACUUUCAGACGGGUUUUGCGAAUAUUUUUUACACGACCAAGUUAUGGAGUGGCUGCCAGCAAGAGACAGUGUUCAGAUGUGGAUGAUAUUUGUUCAGUAUGUCAAGCUGAAUUUCAGAAGCCAAUUCUUCUCAUCUGUCAGCAUAUAUUUUGUGAAGAGUGCAUCACCUUAUGGUUUAACAGAGAGAAAACAUGUCCGCUAUGCAGAACUGUGAUUUCAGACCAUAUAAACAAAUGGAAAGAUGGAGCCACUUCAUCACACCUUCAAAUAUAUUAAGUUGUAUGAACUAUUAAGGCCACAAAGCACUAGUUUCAUUUGGUUACCAUGGCUAUUGAUAAAGGCAUUACAGUGGAUUUUUAGGGCUUGAAGAAAAAAUGUUUCCAAAUGGUUUUAGAAUAUAAGAAGACUUAAGUGUGGAGUCCAGUUUAAUCAAGAUUAAGUGAAAGAACCUUGUGUUUUAAAAUAUAUAUAUUGUUCAACCUAAUGCAUAUGCAAUAUUUUUCUGUCUUAUUUGACAGGUAAUUGCAGUGUUAAAUUGCAAAUGUGUUUUAUUGUUUGUUACCAAAGCAGCAAUUGGAACUAGAACUAGUGGAUUUAAAGGAACUCAGGUAUUCUUUUCCUGACAUUGUUUUCAGAAUAAAGAAUAUUUUUCAUAAUAUUUUAAGAUACAUAUUAUCUGAAAGUAGAAUUUCCUUUAGCAUUGACUUUUAUAAUUCCCAUUCUAAAAAUUCUUAAAAUUUUCAUAAAAUUUGUAUUCUUAAAUGAAAGUUCAGAAUUCUGUAUUUUACCUGUAACUAUCAGUUUUCUAAGUGAAGAUUCAUUUACUGAGGAUGAUAUAUUUUAAUACUGUAUUAGUCUCUGUAGUAUAAUUAGUAAUCAGUGAGAAUAAAUGAUUUAAAUUCAAUGUUUGUGGACCUCAUACAUGCUUCCUGCCAUCAGCUUUAAUGUUCAUGAUCUUGCUUUUUGUACAGUGCCAUGGAAUAUCCUGCAGUAAAUAUUAAAAUAAUCCACAUGGAUUAUAAA